UCCCACUCAUUGUCUUUGUUGCUUAAAGCUUGCCCUCCUUCCUUAUCUUCCCACGUAUCUCUACAAAAAAUCAAAUGCGAAACAAUUUCAAUAUUCAACAUUUCAAGAGAGAGACUGUUCAUGUUUUUGAAAGAGAAAGAAUUUAAGACCCACAAAACCCUAAUUCAGUUCACAUAAGUGAAGACACACACAGUGUGUUUGUGUGUGUGUGUGUGUUUCUUGUGGGUUUUAGUGCGUGUAUUGUGUAAGUUCAUGCGAUCAUGGAUGGUGGUGAUGAUCACUUCCACCAUCGCCCAAAUUUCCCUUUUAAACUACUUGAAAAGAAAGACGAUGAAGCUGCCAGCUGCUCCUCCUCCGGCACUGCUGCAUACCCUUCUCUUGCCAUCUCCGCCGACACUAAUCUAAACCCUGGGCUUAGAUCCAACACCUCUAAUAUGCAAAUUAUAACCACCGCCACCACUUCCUCCGCCGAGCCUUCAAAGAAACAACCCCCCAAGAGAACUUCCACCAAAGAUCGGCAUACAAAGGUCGACGGCCGCGGCCGCCGUAUCCGUAUGCCGGCUUUAUGUGCCGCAAGGGUUUUCCAGCUUACCCGUGAGCUUGGACACAAGUCUGACGGUGAAACCAUUGAGUGGCUCCUGCAACAGGCUGAGCCUUCCGUCAUCGCAGCCACCGGAACUGGUACUAUCCCGGCGAACUUUACUUCACUCAAUAUCUCACUCCGGAGUUCUGGGUCAAGUAUGUCGGUUCCGUCGCAGCUACGAUCCACUUAUUUCAAGCCGAAUUUCACUCUCCCACAAAGGAGGAAUCUUUUUCCCGGAAUUGGGUUAUCUCCAUCGGAGAAUUCUUCAUCUAAUCUUUUGAGUUUUGGGUCGACGAUGAAUCUGAAUCAGAUGUUACAAGCGAAGCAAGAAAUGAGGGAUAAUACGGUCGAGUUAUCAGAGAUGGAGGAGGGAAUGGGAAGGAAACGACGGCCUCCGAUGGAGCUGGAUUUAUCGUCACAACACCAACAACAGAUGGGAAACUAUUUGAUGCAGUCAAGCGCCGGAGCGAUGGCGGCUAGUCACCCAUCGAUUCCGGCGAACUUUUGGAUGGUCUCUAAUCCUAACCAACACCAAGUCAUGAACGGCGACCCUAUCUGGACUUUUCCGAACGUAAAUAACAGUGCUGCUGUGUAUAGAGGAACGGUUUCUAGUGGCUUACAUUUUAUGAAUUUUCCGACACCCGUCGCGCUUCUGCCUAGUCAACAACUAGGAGCGGGAAUCGGCGGUAACAAUGGUGGUGGUGGUGGUGGUUGUUAUAGUGAAGGGCAAUUGAACAUGCUUGCUGGAUUAAAUCCUUAUCGGCCAAUAUUCGGUCCAGGGUUAUCUGAACCUACGGCGAGUGGGUCUGAGUCUCAGUCUCACCACCGCAGCGGCGGUGGCGGUGAUGAUCGGCAUGAUACAACCAGCCACAACUCGUAGCCGAUUCCCGCCUCCACAAUCGUGUUGUUAAAUUUGAUGUGUAAAACACACACGUGAGGUUUGAUUUUCUCCAUUUUUUUGAAAAAUUUCAAAAACAAUUCUUAUAUAUUCUGAUUUUUAAUAUUUUAUUUAAUUUUUCCA